CUUCAUUUCUUAUUCCCCCGUUAUUUACAUUUAAACUCACAUGACAGAGAGCUAAUGAUUUUCAACCCGUUUUUCAUUCAUAACCAGAGAGUAAAAAUCGAUGACUUGUUCGCCUGUGAAAGUUUUCAUUCAUCCAGGUUAUGGUAGCAUGUCUUGGAGAAGUAUUAGACAGUUCACUGUUUUACCUCAGUAGUGUACUUGUAAAAUCCUAUUUUUGACUAACUCUUAACACUUACAUAGCCUCCAUGGAUAAUUUAAGUGAAAAAUAAUAAAACCAAAAUAUAUACAUGUUUUUAACUACAAUAUUUAAAAUGAUCAAUUGAAUUUUAGGUGAAUGGAAGAAAAUCCUAGCAUAAACCUGUUAAAAGUUUUCUAAUAUUGGACUUUAGUGUAAAAUAUCAUUCAUUCUAAGCCAUUCAUUUCUCAUGUGUGAGUGAGAGAAAGACUAUUAUCAUCACCUUCCACUCUCCCUUAAGUCAGAGCUUCAUGACAAACAUAUGGUGAACUUUUUGUACUUCACACACUUGUAAUUCUCAGAGGAAUCUGACACACGUGUCACGACAUGACAGUUAUUUGUGUAAGUUUUCUGACAGUCUUCACUGGCAUUAAAUGCACACAUGCAGAUAACCAUUAGAAACACAGAACGAAGACAUACAUGCUGUGGGGGUCUGACAUAUUCCUGAGUUUAGUCAAAGCUGAUCCAGGUUGGAACUUGAUUGCUCAUCUUUGAACACACCUCAUCCCAGAACAUUUUGCAUUCCAAAGCGUAGUGAAUACUUUGAGUAACUCCACGUAAGGUUCCCGUUGCAAAUUACUUCAGACAGCACAUUUUUACAGCCCUGUUUACUGAGGUAAUAAUAUAGAAGCCCAUUGAGAAUGAUAAUAUUUAUGGUUUUCAUUUUUUUUAUUUCAUAAUAUGUGGUGUGUGUUUAUAGAAAGUAACCUUAAACAUAAAACAGGAAAUGGGUUACGCAUAUCAGUGAGAGAUGUGACUCAUAAAGACACACCUUGAGUGAUUGGAAACAGGUGAGUGGAAAUAGUUUAUCUAUCAAUGGGUGGGUCCUCUAUAUAUAUCCGAUCCUCUGAUGAUGACUAAACUCCUUUGGCAUAGAUUUGUCAUUUAAGCAAUACUUUCUGUCUUAGGAAAGUCUUGACAAGACAGACAACAGGGCAAAAACAGCAGCGAGUAGGUCAGAAAAGUUGACAGGAAGAACAGAACUUCGUCCUCCACUCAUUUCCUCUUUCUUUUCUAUUUUCAAGCCCAGCUGCUGAGACUGGCCUCUGUUCUCUGGCAUCCUGUAGACAUCGCAUAGGCAGCGAGUCAGUUGUCUCACAUUCAGUGACUCAUUGAGCUUUUAACCCUUAAAGUGUUUUUAAUGAGUUGUGCUGUGCGUUUUAAGUGUAGUAUGGCAUGUUCUGGCAUGCAUAUGUUUGUGUGUGCGUGAGAAAAAAGCAGAGAGAUCUUUGAGGUGCAUCACUGUGUCUUUUGGUGCAUUAAGAAACCUUUGAAAGUGCUUACCUCAGAGCCAGAUUCCCAUGUUGUCUGCCGCCAGCCUUCUGCCAUUACAUUCCCAUUCAUUAUUCCAAGAGGGGGAGUUCAGAGGUGCUUGUGGAGAAACAAAUCAUCCCUUUGAAACUUAAGUUCUAUGCCUCUCAUAUACAUGCCACAAACUUUAUGAGGCCUUAGUGUGUCUCACAGUAUGCUCCAUAGCAACUGAUUGCCACAUGCAAUAUGAAACUCAAUACUUUAUCCAAACACUUGCUUAUAUGCCAGUCCUUUAUACUCUAAUUAUAAUUACAAAAUUAAUGAAAUUGAACAUGCUUCUGUACUGUGAUUCAUUAUAUAUUGUAUUUAUUACUAUAUACUAGCUUCUAAGCCAGUUUUAAAAGUGUUCAGUGCUUUAUCUGCCACAACAAAGUGUCUUUAUUUGGGGGCUUUUCUCAGCAAAUAUUGAUAUAUGCCAUUAUUUCAUUCAAUGUAAUGCAUUUUAUGCAAUUAAUUCAAUUAUUUUAAUAUUAUUAUAAUAUUAUAAUAAUAUUAUUAUUUUUCAACAAAAUUAUUACUUUAUUCAGCAAGAAUGCAUAAAUCGAUCAAAGGGUUUAGCACAAAAUUUCAACUGGAAAAAAUAAAUUUUAAAAGAAUUAAUAUUUAAAACGGUUCAAAUAAAUGUAGACUUGUGAGAAUUUCUUUAAAAAUAAAAAAAUAAAAUAAAAUUAACCUAUAUCAUUUAUAUAUUUUAACUAUUAUUUUUAAUUUAAAUGACCUUUCAUACAAUUGAAAAAGAUAUAGAAAGUUUUUUAUUCCAACUUUCCCAUCUCCACCAUAUUCUGUACAUAUCAUAAAAAGUGCUUCAUUAAAAGUGGCUCAUGAAUAACUCAUCAUAUUGUCCAUCAAAGAAAUCCAAGUUCGUAAAUUGGGCUGUAUUUCAUUUUGUACUAACCACAACAGGGCUUCCUCUUAUAAGGGCUAUGGUUUCUGAAGUGUCCUGCUGUGCCAACAAAAUUUGGCUUGUUAUUUUUCUAAAGAGUCUUCUUGUGGUUAAAAAUCAGUGGACUCUUUGGUAGUCUAUAAGGUCCAUAAAGUCCGAAAAAAGUCCAUGAAGUGUGAUGUUGUCAUCUUUGGAGUACAUUUUUUUUUUUUGGUGUCUAGAAUAUUCAGACCCAUCAGAAACUGAAGGAGGUUGAAAAUGCAUUUGUUUUUUCCCUGUUGGGUCAGGGCGAUGUGACUGCAAGUGUGAUCAUGGCCACAUUCUUUGGAAGCACUGUGUUUUGUUUUCGGAAAGCUUUAUCUUAUGCAGGGACUGUUGUUCAUCAGUGAUAGGACAGAGCGCAAUGCAUUUUAUGACAAGUUUCCCAUAAAGUGAGCUCUGUGAAAACUGCAUAUACUUGGCAGUUAUAUUUAUGCAAAAAACGGCAUAUUGUUCUCACUAUACAUACUAUAUACAGCAGCAUUAGAAAGAGUAGUGUGGUAUUCUAUUCAAAAACUGCCACUUGUUUGGUCACAACAUACACUGAAAGUAGUUGUCCAUUCAAAAGUCAUAGCACAACACACAAAAAGAGCGUACAUGUGUGCCCAAGCCAUAAACAUUUAUCAGACCGCCCAUAUUCAAAUCAAUUGGACUGAACAUCUGUCCAUCAAUAAAGCAGCUCUGUAGUCAAAUGUGUAAGAUAAUGCCAAGCCAUAGACAAUAAACCCUUUAAUUCAUCUCUAAAAAGAGUGCCAGAUGAAGCAAUGUGUAUUCAGAUGUCUUGAAUUGAAUAACACAUACCAGUACACUGCGUUUACUGUCUUCUUUACAUCAUGAGUUAUUGUGUCAACUUUGGGACCGUCCCAUACACAACCUUGCUGUGUGAAAAUCUCAGAAUUCAGACUUUUUGUGUUCUACUGCUAUAUUUCUUUUAAAAUUACUCAUGGGGGACAUAUAACUGGUUGUUUGGAGGGUUAACUUUGAAUUAAGGGAAGUUACUGGGAGUUUCCUGCGGGGGACUCCAGGUGCAUCUGUGAUCCAGUGAGAUGGUGGCUUCCUCCCAGACUGAGGAGAAAGAAUGGAUGAAAUCAGAUCCUCACAGCCUGGGCCCCAAGAGACGCGACCCUCUGCUCGGUGUGCUAUCUGCUCGCUUGUACUGUUUGUUUACCUUUCCCCUCUCUUCCUCUCACAGGCCUUAUUGUCCUUCAUGGACGGCUAGUGCCUUGCUCUGAGCCACUUGUUGUUAUUCUCCUUUGUCUGUCUUUCUUCCGGUCACUUCUCUUCAACACUUAUCAUUUAGUCCGAUAUGCUGCUCUGUGUCACUGUGACCAAUGGGUCAACAUUCAGCAGGUUAAACCCCUUCUAGUAGACUAUAAUAUCUGGCAUAAAAAAAUAUCUUUUUCCAUUUUGUAAAAAAAAAAAAAAAAAGUUUGAGCGGGAAACAUUAACCGAACCCAUUCUGAUAACGGUUCUCAGACUUAAAUUAUUCUGCUGAUGUGAACGGAAUAUAGUACUAAAAUACUGUGACGAUGUUUCCUGCACUAUUAUUCAGUGUUGCCACAAUACUGUUAAUUAUUAUAUAGCGCAGAACAUAUAGCACAAUCAGUGUAGUCUGAUUUCCGAACAAAUGACUCUUAUUACUCUUUGUUUUAAUGAAUCAAAACCAUAGACAGUACAACGAAUGUCAUCUGAUUCCUAAACAAAUGACUCUUAUGAGCCGCUUUGUUUUAAUGAAUUAAAACGAUAGACUGCAACUAAUAUAAUUCGAAUCCCAAACAAAUGACGAAUCAAAUCAAUAGCGAAUCAAAACUAUGGGCAACUAGUGUAGUCCGAUUCUCAAAUACAUGACUUUUAUAAGCCGCUUUGUUUUAGUUUAAUGAACACGUGUGUUACAUGUGUUACAGUUACAUGUGUAACUAGUGUAGUCCUAUUUCCAAAAACAAAACAAAAAACAAACUCUUAUUAGUGGGUUCUUUUUAGAAAAUUCAACAAAUACUGUUUACUUACUGCAUUUUAAUGCUUAAGGCUUGGGAGACUUAAAUCAGUCCAGUUACAGACAAUGUGUUUUCAACGUAGUUUUGUCAGUAGUAUUUUAUAAAAAUAAAUGAAUGAAUGAUGACAUAUGUUGCCAUAUUUUUAUUUUAGGAUUUGAAUUUAAUAUAGUUAUGUCCAGUUGUUGGAUUAUAUUUAUGUUGCCUUUUUAAAAGACUGCAAAAAAUCAAUUAAAAAGUCUGUGUAAACAAAAUUUGUAAAAAUUAGUUUUACAUUUAUUAUGAACAAUAUCUCAUGGUUUGAAAAUUUAAUUGCAUUUGUUUUUCCCCAAAUAGGCCUUAGUCAAAUAUACUAAAUAAAUCAUUAAUGGAACCAGACUAGGAAUCAAGUCCUUGCAAUUCCAAUUAUAAGCAGGCAUUCAAAACUUGAUGAAUCAGACCUUACAAGUGUGAUUAGCAAUGCCAGAUGGCAUGUGUCUGUAUGCAUGAGUUGCAUCAGUAAACAUCUGUGGGUUACACGGAUUAAGCAAUUGCCAUUUUUCUAAUGGUCAAUGCUUAUUAUGUCUGUCAUACCAGCUGUAUCACAAACAACAGAUGUUACUGUGCAAUCUAUCCAUCCACACUCUUUUGUCACCCAGCCACAGUCCCUGAUUCACCUUUGACGCACCUCAUCUCUGUACAGAUCCAGGAAUCCGGUCAUCCUAGAGGUGCGGGCUGUAGUAGACAAUGUAAGCGGUCCGGUCACAGGGUUGGGUUCUUUCACUCCUCGACUCGUACACAUAUCACCAACUCCCAAGAGGAAAAUUUCCCAAAUCUGUCAGAGGGAUGCAUUCAACCUGACAAUGAAUACCCACAUUGGAACGUAAACACUGGUCCGUACUUGUAACAGUCACAUAAAACGUGUCUGGUUGGCACUCUCAAAGCUAUGACUGUCAAACUUACAGUAACAUGCUAUCAGAAUCAGAGUGAAAUAUGUGUAUAGCAGCAGGGAGUUUCCUGUAAAAUCUGGAUCCAGCGCAAAUAAAAUCUGUAGUUUAGGGAUGUUGAAAAACCAAAGCCAUGGUGCACAGCUGUAGAAAUCACAAUGAACUAUCAAAUUGUUUAAUAAUUGUUUCAUAAAAAAUAAAUAUACAUGGGGUAUCUCUAAAAAAAAAAAAAAAAUUCUAGAUUUUGAUAUAUUGACCAUGCAACAUAGUAAGGAAAGAGCAUAUCUUACCUGAGCAUUAACAGCACAUUAUAAAUAGUGAAUAGGGAUGUUGGUUGAUACAAACUGCUCUGUUCAUCUUCAUGGCUGGGAGUUUUUCUCCAUCUGACGGUGACUCACCACAUGCUGGAAACUUAUGGUUCAAACAUCUGUCCUGCAGACUGAUUAUUUUGACUUGAUUUAUUCUUGCUGAUAAAUCAAACUGUUUUUAAUGUUCCGUCUGUUCUGCCACCCUCUCCGACUUGAUGGAAUUAGUCAGUUCUUUGCACUCCACACAGAGAACCUUUAUCAGUUACAUCAGUUUUAAGUAUUUAAAAACACAUUUCUGAGAGAAAAAACAUUCAGAGGUCACAAAGUGAACUACAGUAAGAAAACAAGUGUACUGAAAAAAAUUGGAAUGGGAUUUACAAAUUUUCCUCAGAAAUGUAGUAUUUUUCACAAAUGAAAUCGCAUUGAAAAUUUAAAUUGACAUUUUGAAGUAGACAGACUAAAAUUUACAGCGUAACAAGCACUUUAUAUUAAACAGAUGCAGCACUUAAAUUUUACUGUUAUUUGACUUAACAUGCAAAAUGCAACAUCCACUUGAAUGCAAGUAAAUUAUUUAGUGCUGCUGUUGCCAUUAAACUUAGCAGUAACUUAAUAGUUGUUGUUGGACAUCAAAUUUAGGGUUUAAAUAUUAUAAAUAUUAGUUGCCUUAUAUCUUGCAAUCUUGCAUUAUAAAUGUGAAAUUUUCUUUUAAAACAUUUACUUUUAUUUACAACUGCUAAAAUAUAUAUAUAUAUAUAUAUAUAUAUAUAUUUUUAGAGUGUAUGUUCCAUUAAACAAAGGAAAUAACUGGCCAAAUAAUCAUUCAGCAAAAGCAUCUCUACAUGGCAAUUUAAAAUACUUUUACUGUCACCAUGUCUUUUACACAUGCUCAGUUACAAACAGAAAAAAUGUGACUCUUGAGCUGUAAUUUGUCAAGUAGGGUCAAUUUGAUCCAGUAAAAGCUCUGCUGGCUCUUCAGUGGUAAAAGCACAGCAGCAUUAAGAGAAUAGUAAACUAGAUGUACAGUGUAGGAAAAAAUUAAAACUAAUAUUUAGAUUUGAAACCACUGGUUGUGAAUCAGAGACAGCGGCCCAGCUGCUUAACUUUUUACUGGGCCUGGAAUCGUCAAGAGGAGCCAUUAAUUCUCCAACAAGCCAUUUAUAAGGAUUAAUCACAAUCAUUACAUUUUACACAUGCAAUUCACCACCACACAGUUCCUGCUUUUGCACAGGGCUUAUCUUAACCCAUGCACACACAUGCACAGAUCCACAUGUGUAGGCAGAUACAUUUAAGCACAUUAUAGGGUGCCAAGUCUGGAUUGCAAGUGCUGAUCACUUCCCAAUGCUUAAUUAGCCUCCACAUCUGUAAGAGAUGAGAGCAAAUGGCUGUGACAUCAUUUCAGAUGAGAGGAAAUCUGACUCAAGUGUUUCCAUUCCGUGUUUGUGCAUCUGUUUUGUGUUUGUAUGUAGUGAUGAAUGACUCAUUUUGGUUGCUUUUGGACUUCUAAACAGACCUUGAGUUCGACAGCAUACGAGCUGUCAUAAUCUUUUAAGGAGCACGAUGAACCGGCUCGCCCUUGCUGACCUACGGGGCACACUGCAAUGGAAUGCAUAAAAAAACCAGCGCUUGCUAGGAUCGCUUCUGAAAUUUUCUGAAAGUCUCCUUCCCCUCCGAUUUAUGCUGAUGUUUAUGUGAUGCACAGCUGUGCAAGAGUGUUUCCCUCUUAAGUAAACAGCUGCAAAAUACUUGCAUCAUGGAGAAAUCUGGUAGUGCAAUGCAGAUGCAUGUGUGAAUGGUCAAAUGCACUUCUUGGUAUGAGUGUAAACAUUCGGUUUGUCGUAAGAGAAUGUAAACAGGCAGAUUAAUUUUGAAGUUGUUCAAUUUCUUUUUUCUUUGUUUUUUUAAUACUUUUGUGUAAACCUUGCUACAUUCAUUUGAAAUAGAAAUACUGUAUUUUGUAACGUUAUACAAACCAAUUUAAUGCACCCUUGUUGUGUAAAAGUAUUCUAUUCUUUUUAUUUAUUUUUUUUUUAAGGCUUUCUUACCCUAAACUUUUGGAAUAGGAGUGUUUCCACAAAAAUUUUAAGCAUUAACUUGCUAUUUUCAGCAUUGACUAUUAUAAGAAUUUUUCCUUGAGCAGUAACACUAACCACGAGGCUAUUGGCGCCAAGUCCUUUUAAAAUCUAAAAAUAUUUUACAAUAUUACUGUUUUUGUGCUUGGUUUUGUACUUCUUUCAAAAAAGAAAAAUUAUUCUAAACCAAUUUGACUGGUAGUGUGUAUAUGUGACCCUGGACCACAAAACCAGUCACUGGGGUAUAUUUGUAGCGAUAGCCAAAAAUACAUUGUAUGGGUCAAAGUUAUCAAUUUUUCUUUUAUGCCAAAAAUCAUUAGGAUAUUAAGUAAAGAUCAUGUUCCAUGAAGAUAUUUUGUAAAUUUCUUACCGUAAAUAUAUCAAAACUUCAUUUUUGAUUAGUAAUAUGCAUUGCUAAGAACUUCAUUUGGACAACUUUAAAGGCGAUUUUCUCAAUAUUUUGAUUUUUUUUGCACCCUCAGAUUCCAGAUUUUCAAAUAGUUGUAUCUCGGCCAAAUAUUGUCUGAUCCUAACAAACCAUACAUCAAUGGAAAGCUUAUUUAUUCAGUUUUCAGUUGAUGUAUUUGUAUUGAAAUCUCAAUUUCGAAAAAAUUUACUCUUAAAACUGGUUUUGUGGUCCAGGGUCACAUAUAUGUAUAUGUGCGAAAGAGAAUCAUGGCAUUUCCCUUGUAUUGAUAGCCACUAAUUUUUGGUGACAAUCCUACAUGGUACAGAGGUUUUAAAGGGGUCAUAUGAUGAGAUUUCAUGUUUUCCUUUCUCUUUGAAGUGUUACAAGCUGUUCAUGCAUAGAUAAGAUCCCUAAAGUUGCAAAGACUAAAGUCUCAAACCCCACAUGUCUAUGUUGCUGUGUGGGAAGAUUUGAAUAACACCGCCCAAAUGUAUACGCGAGGGCGUGAUUUUUAUUCUCGCUGUAGUAUUGUUGCUGCCGCCAGCACCAUGUCCUAGAGACGCUGUGUUUCGUUGUGUAAGCAAAAGUACUUUGUCUGGGCUUCCAAAAGAGGAAAUCAGUGGUUCAGUUGUAUUUACAACACUGUUCCAGAACAGUUCAACCCAAAUAUUAGAGUGUGUGCAGCGCAUUUUACGGAGGACUAUUUCCUGAACCUGGGAGAGUAGCCUACAAUGUCAGCUGUGCACAAAGGCUGUUUCUAUAAAGUGGGGCAAUUCCAACUUUGCAAGGACAGUCUGGCUCUUAUGACUCACAGUCUGUAUGUUUUCAUAUUUAAAGAAUUUCCCACUUACUAUUCAAAUGCGAGUUUUGAGCUGUGUAGAGUAGCGCUUGUUGUUUGUCAUUUCUCCGAUCACAAAUGCAGACAUGGUAAUGUUUAUGCGGUGCAAUGCAACACAACGCUUAAAAAGACGGUAUAAGUCAUUAUAAUCAGUAAUUAUGUCCCCACUGGAUGCAACAAAUGCCUUAUUUCUAAUGGCUUUUAUUUUUUUUGUGUCAUCGUGCCGGGACACGGCAUCACAAUUUGGUAAGGGGCGUUACAUUUCUGUUACGCUUGAGGUAUUCGGCCAAUCACAAUGCACUGGAUAUAUCAAUAGCGAAUCAAUAUAAUACUGUCCAAUCAGAGCACACCUCGCUUCUCAGAAUGAUGAGCUUUGUAAAAAUCGGCGCGUUUCAGAAAGGCGGAGCAUAGAGGAGCAACAAUAAUGUACAGUAUGUGGAAAAUAAUGUGUUUUCUGAACCUUAAACCACACAAACACAUUCCAUUACACCAAAUACGCAAAAUAAUGUUCUUUUUAGCAACGUCAUAUGACCCCUUUAAAGAGAUGUAUUCUUUUGCAAUGUUCCAUAGAGCAGGGAAAGCGGAGGUAAGCUGUCACCUUCUGUGAGUGAACACCUUCACAGGACUUUCGCUGACCAUGGCUCGGCACUUCACAGAAGUCCAUAAAUGGGAGAAAGUGUCCUUGUUGUGUCUAUAAAAGGAUGGCGGCUAUAGUGGAUAGAAAGAUGAAGAUGAUUUAAUGCAGAGGGCCUGGAUAAGAGCAGAGGGAUGAGAAAGCAAAGACACUUGUUUUCUGACACUUGUUGACAAGGCUGCCUUGAGUAAAACCUUGAGAAUACAAAGACCGAGCCCCUUUGAAUGCUUCAGUGAUUUGCAGUUGCACGUGAAGUCUACCAAACCAUGAAUUGCUUUUUAAACACACUUCUCAACCAUUGUCAUAUUUGGAUGCAGAGUAUGUCCGCAUGCCAAUAGUGUCAAAACUCAAUCGCUCAAUCAACAGUGCUGUAGCAUUUGGACCAAUCAAACACAAUUUUUCAUUAGAUUUAACAAAUCAAUUAGUCAUUAGAUUAACAAAUAAUCACAGACCCCUCACCCAAUACACAUACUGGGUGCCAGUAUGUCUGUGAAUGACUCCAGGCCCCAGUUACCAUGACAACCAGGACACUUUAGCCAGACCAGAUAAAAUGUAUGACCUAAUGGCAAGUUGAGAGUUCUCCCUCUCACCAUCUUUGAACCUUAGGAAAGACAUUAUGCCAUAAAAAUGGACUCUUCUCUAAUUAAUUCAUAGAAAAACCUUUCUUUGAAUGAACACAUAUCCUUCAGGUCAUUGUGUAUAUUAUUACUGUUCUUGUAUAUGUUCUUGUGUAUUGUAUACUGUUUUAUGCAUGCUUAUGAUAGAUCACUAGUUAAUUCACCUCACUUAUACCAUGUUUGGUCUCUAUCAAUUCGUCUUCGGAUGAUCUAAUUGAGAGUGUAUAUUAUAUGUUGAUACCUAUGCAACAUAUUAGUGUUCUAAGAAUCUUUACUAGUUUGUAUAACAACUUCCGAUCCAGUUACAUAUGCAAAUUACCAUGCUUGGAGACAAAGAGUCGUAAACUUUCCCUCCAAAAGUUCAAGACACCAUUGGCUCUUUGACACCCGAAAGGAGUGACCUCUAUAGCAGAUAAAGCUCUCACAUCAGUGACCCGCCUUCCAGUUUGCGGUUCUUUUAGAUCCUAAGAGGAUGAGGAGGAUGUGAGCUCCUCAGCAACCCUUAAGUUUUGCGCCAGGCCUUGCGGACUUGACUUUCCAUUCAACAAAAUAUCCUCGGAUCUCAGCAGAUCUCUUUCUUAGCUCUUUUUCAAUUUCUACCUGGGAAGAAACUCCCAAUCACCGAGUCAGGACAUCUUUGGAAUUCAUCACUCUUCAACCCGGAAGAACGUGAUUGCGAGUCCAAAACCUCGAAACCAUCAAGACUUUCAUCCGAGACUGCAUCCGGACACUCGUACGAUACUUGCAUUGCAUUUUUCGUUGACAUUUAACUAAACGAAACGGAGGUUUAGUAUAAGCUAUAGACCCCGUUUCUCUAUUGGCUUCAUUCAUCCACUUUAGGUCCCCUUUGUAUGUACGCGUGAAUGUAUGUAUGUUUGUUUGUUUGUUUGUUUGUUAGACAAGUUUGUGUUAAGUGUUUAGUUAAUAAAACUCUUGUGCACAAAUUACAUGAGUUUCUGAUAGGGAUGCUCUGAUCAGGCUUUUUGCAGCCGAUACAGUGUACCGAUUUCUUGUCAUGGUGAUCGGCCGAUACCGAUGCCGAUUCUGAUGCUUCAAGCUUUAUAUAACAUAUGUAAUAAUGUUAUAUAAAUAAUCACAAAAAUUAUUCCUUAUACAGUGAACAUUUUAAUAUUAAUUUAAAAUGGUGUUUAUGCAUAACAUAUGCUAUAUCCUCUAGUAUUUUUAUCUAAAGCCAAAGGCGCUUUAUUUAACCAUGCCCUUUCUCUCUCUCUCUCUCUCUCCGGAUGUGUGCCGGCGCCAAGUUUAAGAGCUGCGAUGACGCGGUUAUUCUAACAACAGAAACACGGGACUGACUCGGAUCAGAGCAACAUGAGCGAACGCUUUGAUUGUGACAACUGCAAGGAGUCCUUAUACGGCAGGAAAUACAUCCAGGCGGAGGACAACCCUUACUGCAUCCCUUGCUACGACAGCCUGUUUGCCAACACUUGCGAUGAGUGCAAAGAGCUGAUUGGCCAUGAUUCAAGAGAGCUAUUUUACGAGGACCGUCACUACCACGAGCACUGCUUCCGCUGUUUCCGCUGUGACCGUUCACUGGCAGACGAGCCCUUCACCAGCCAGGACGAUGCUCUUCUAUGCAAUGACUGCUACUGCAACGAGUUCUCCUCCAAAUGUGUGGCCUGCGAUAAAACUGUCAUGCCUGGAACCAGGAAGCUUGAGUAUGCUGGCUCCACAUGGCAUGAGAGCUGUUUCAUUUGCAACAGCUGUCAGCAGCCAAUAGGCUCCAAGUCCUUUAUUCCAGAUAAAGAUGACCACUAUUGUGUACCCUGCUAUGAGAACAAGUUUGCACCGCGCUGUACUCGAUGUAAACAGGCCUUGGCUAAAGGUGGUGUGACCUAUAGGGAUGAGCCGUGGCAUAAGGAGUGCUUUGUAUGCACAAGCUGUAAAGUCCAACUAGCUGGCCAACACUUCACCUCCCGCGAUGACAGCCCAUACUGCCUCAAAUGUUUUGGCAAUCUGUAUGCCAAGAAGUGUGAAGCCUGCAAAAAACCUAUUACAGGUUUUGGUGGAGGAAAGUACAUUUCGUUCGAGGACCGGCAGUGGCACCAGCCGUGCUUCACCUGCUCUCGUUGCUCUGUGUCGCUGGUGGGCGCAGGCUUCUUCCCCGAGCAAGAUGAGAUUCUCUGUCGCAACUGCAACAGCAACUUAUAGAACGCAACCCCUAUCCACACACCUUACCUUCCCAUAUGCACGCAUACAUAUACAUGCACACGUCUAUUUUACACUGCUGUGCCCUCAAAUGAGAACUUCACAUCUCAAGUUACACCCAUGCAGAUACUGCUGUUUGAGGAUCACGGCAAACCAGCAAUCUGCCCCCACACACAAUAGUCUGAGUUUCACCAAAAUACUCAAAGAAUAGGCUUGCUGGUUUACGACUGGAUAAACAAGACUUUUAAAAGAUGCACCAAAGAUUGCUGUUGAGUUGUGAAAGCCACGCGAUGCAGAGUUCCAACUACAGUCUAUCCAUUGCACAAUCCAGAAUCAACACUCCAUAAACUUGUAGGUCUCUAUGCACAGAUAAAAAUAUCUGAUCUGCCUACUAGUUAUUCCCAUCUUUAUUUUUCCUGGCCAGCCAGAACUGUCAUUAGGCUGGUAAUGGUCAUUAAUGGGUGGAUGUAGUCUGUGUUUGCAGCCUGUGAAAGAACUCAAACAGAUUCCUUCAUAAACACUCAAAGGUCAAAGGUUUGGUGUUCUGUUAAAGUGACUGAACUCCCAUUUAGAACUGUUCCAAACACUCUGUGCCAAGCAAAGUGUAGGCUACAUGAAUGAAAGCACAACUGAUUUUGAGUUUUGGGUACAGUAAAAUUACACUUUAAGAAGCAGCCACAAAGCUAAACAUCUAGGCAUUUACACACCAUAUAUGUCACAUAAAUACUGUAUGUGUGACUGCUGUAGUUAGUGAGCACUCUUUUCUAAAACUUCACUAAAACCUUUUGUCUUUCUUAGCAAAACUUCAGCAUCAAACAACAUUUGUUGAAUUGCAUAUGCAUUCAAUUCAGUGGGAGUCUUCCAAAAUGCAUAGCAAUGUUAGAAUAAAAAUAACAGCUGAAAUGUUUCUGCAGUCCAGAGAUGUUUGGGAAAAUGAAGUUUGAAAUGCAUUUUGUAUACAGGUGGAGGACAGACUUGCAUUUGCACUACUAUAGCUUGAAUUAUCUAUAAAAGCACAGAAACUUUGAGAUACAGCACACAUUACACUGUAUAUACACAAACUACAUAUUAUUUCCUGUUCACUUCCUGUUUUUUAUUUGUUUGAUAAUUCAGUAUGACUUCUACAAUCAUAAUUUCUUAAGUCUUUAUAAACAUGUCUCCUCUGUGUUAAGAGUGAAUGAAAUGAAACAAUAUUUGUGUCAGUAUGUCAAAAAUGAUAGUAUGCAUGUUGUCAGACUUUGUCAAAUUGAGACAUUAAGUAUUGUUAUUUUAUUAAUGCCAAUUUUACUAGUUUCACCUUCUGAGUAUUUCUAAAUGUAUAAGUAUAUAUUCACUUUGAGCUUUAAUACAGGAGAGAAAGAGUUGGCUAAUGUGCAUUUCUUAAUUAAAGUGAUUCAAGCUUUGUAAGUUUGAGGUGUGGUAAAAAAAAAAAAAAAAAAAAAGUUUAUUGAUGGUUGUUAAAUAUUUUAUAAAUUAAACCAAUUGUGAUGUCAUUUUUUCAGAGACUACAUUAUGCAAAAGCACCAAAAACGAGUAUUUUUGGUAAAAUUUGACUCGGUUUGGGCCAAGCACCCAAGAGCCUACUAGUAUCCUCUACGGUCUUCAAGCUCAUUCAGGGUUACCUCGUGCCUCUAGAUGGGUGUGUUUAUGUGCAAACGUGCUGAGUGUGCUAUUUCUUCGCCUUGAUGAGGCAUAAGAACUUAAAACAAACACGUGGCCAAAUCUGCUCCCUCUCAACACUGGUGAAGGUCUUCCUCCCCUUCUCUUUUUCAGCAUUUUCACCAAAGAAGGAAAUGGAAAAGGAGAACGGGACAUGGUGGUGGGGGAGGGAGGCCUUCUGGUGGACGUUGGGAGAGCAUGUGGGAGAGAACAGCCGAAAAUGAAAAUGAGAGGACAACAGAGGAGAGAGGGAGGGAAGAUUGAAGUUUUUGGAGCUGGUCCAUGGUACUUCCACUGGGGUUCAGUUACAUACACACAGUCAAGAGGUUUAUGGGAAAAAAAAGAGAGGGCCAGUGAGGCAAUGGAGGAGGGUUAGGAGGAUCACAUGAGUGGUGGGUGAAUCAUUACCAGGAAGGCCGUGUGGGAAAACCGGACACUGUGAAGUUGAAGUGAUUCAAAACUUCACUGACUUAAGUGGCUCCUGUAUUUAAUUAAUCAAGUGAUGAGGCCACCAAACCUGAUACAGUCACUGAGAUGAGUUAUGAAGCCCUAAAACUGCUGAAAAGUACUUAGAUGAAUGAUGAAACGUCUUCUUUCAUCCAGUUUUGAAUAGAAUAACUUUUGUCUGACAUUAUCAUGUCUGUAUUAAAUCAGCAAACCAACCAUAAUAAAGAGC